UCGUUUCGGUCGGUUCCAGCGCGAGAAAAAUCCACCAGGCAAUUUGCACAUUUUGUGGAAAAGAACCGAUAUUCUCGCUGUUACACGGUACGGAAAGUGCUACUGCCCGUUUGUUGCCCAUUCCACCAUGGCGAAUUUAGAUGAUUUCUUCGCGAAGAAAGACAAAAAGAAGGGAAAGGCGAAAAAGUUUGUCACCGCCGAGGAGAUAGCCAAGCAGCUAGAUGACACGUCGAAGAAGGUCGUCGAAAGUAAGAUGAAGCUGAGACCAGUCGACCCGGCAGAUGGUAAAAAUGACUCGCACGAGCAGGAAGAUGAAUGGAAGGUGUUCGAGGAGACGAAGAAAGAUUACACUGGACUCAAACUGGCCCAGCUAAACAUAGAUGACGAAUCGAACCAGCUCGAUUCUGAGAACUCGGGCGAUAUGAACGAUCCGAAUUAUGAGGCCGAAGGCAGAGAAGGGGAAGAUCGUGAUCCUAGCAAACCCUGGAACAAAGUAGAUGCAAAUGCAGCGGCAAAAGAAAAGGUUGCAGCACCCGAGCCAGCUACCACAAGCAAUAUCUAUAUCAGUCCAGCUAUGAAAAAUCUCAUGGCAAAACAAAAACAGAAGAAAGGCAUUGCGCCGGAUCUGCAGAGCGAGGAGUACUUCCCUACACUAGGACAGGAAAAACCGGCCGAAGCACCGAAACUGCCCAAAACCGAUCCUACAUUCGAGGAGGUGAAGCACGGCGUCCGAGCGAAAACGGUCGAACAGUCCUCCACUAGCCAGAUCAGUAUCGGUAACCGGUACAACUCACUGAACAACGAUGCGAGCUAGGGGACAAAGUGCCCGACCGCUCAGUAUAUCGUUUUAAAUUCUUACACUCUACUCUUGCAUCAUGAUGCGCCUACUUCGUUCUCGUACUCUCUGUUAACUGCAUUUUUUGUUCUUUUCGGUGCCUUCGGUCAUUUCGUUAGUUUUUCCUGCUGCCUGUGCUAAUUUUGCGCUGUUUUGUUAUGUGCGUCCCAGACCAGCCGAGGCACUCACAUCGUUAUGCAUGCGCAAUGCGACAUACAUUAAAUGAUUUCGAUUUACUUCAAAAUUCACAAACGCUGCGUUUUCUUGCGUGUGUGAUUAUUCUGGUGCGUUGGAUCCACUUUAGCAACCACCGUACCUACUGCCCAAGAUUGUAUAAAAAGCAACUAAAAAUAAAAUCAAAACUGAACCUCGAAAUGGCUUAAAUACACACAU